AUGGGCAAGUAUAAGGAUUUGAGAGACUUUGAGAAAGGUCAAAUUGUAAUGUGUAGAGGACUGGGUCAGGACCUACUCAAUAUAAGACAGGGCAGGUACUGCGCCGAGGUGUUCAAUCAGGACCUCGGCGCGUGCACAAAGCUCGUGGAGGAGAUUUUACCAAGCGGCUCGAGCUCACUAACCUGUCACAUUUCCAGCAGGAUGACAACGAAGAAAAAGCCUGAAGAAUGCCGUAUAUGCGGAGGCAAACUGCAGGGCAACCAACGCCGUUGGCUUUUUGCAGCACAGAAUAGGAAAGAGGCCCAGAAUCAGACUCCAACACUUUUCAAAGAAUCUGCUUAUCUGUUGUCACCAACCAUGUCUGCCCAGAGCAGUCCAUGGGGUAGUACCUUAUCACUUGGCUCCUCAAAUUCACUGUACAAGUCUCAUACUCUUCCCAAUCCUAGUAAAGGAAUGGACCUACUUGCUGUUCUGACACACAUAUUAGGGCAGUCUGUCACAAGGGGGACUGGGAAAGGGGAAUUUGUUUGCGGCAAAUGUGUGUCCUUGCUUGAGCGAGUGUUUAAAUUUGACACUGUCAUAGCCAGAGUUCGAGUUUUAUCCAGAGAGAGGCUUCAGAAACUAACUCAAGAGAGAGAUAGCUUAAGACGGUGGGUACGAAAUAUUUAUAGGCAGCGGCACCCAUCUGACUUGAAGAGCAAAGGAAGUUCCAGUGACGAUGAUGUUGACCUGGGAGAACGCGACUCAGGGAAAGCUUACCGAGAGAUGCUGGGGGACAACAUGGCUCUCGCUGCGUAUGAAUUUUGGGCUGAGAAGGCUGAGUCGUGUCCAUAUUUUAAGAGAACGGGUAAAAGAUGCAGCAAAUUGAAAAACUGUGAGUGUUGUGACUCCUUAAGAGUGUCCGAUUCCGAUUACGAAUUUGUCUGUGGUGUUCCCCGCAACCUACCUGAGCAAAUCUUUUCCCCGCUUGGCCUAUCUGGGGACAAGUCUCAGAGCAUGCCUCUCAAUUGGUCCAAAGCUCUGACACACCGCUCCAGUCCUGCCUCCUUAGCUGGUUCCUGUCCUUCACUGAAAGCCCAAUCUCGUACCGCUUCAGCACAGUCACUCGACUCUGUCGACGGUCAUGAUCCAUUUGAUUGGCCAGAUGAGCAUAUAGUCAUCUUGGACUCCAUCCUCCUCAAGUUGAAAAGUAUUGAGGGAAAGCCAGUCAAGUCUCCAGCAGGAAGUCGCAUCCCAGUUUUAGCAAAAGGCAGUGUGGAUGGAUCAGAUGGAUCACCUGCAAACAGGGUCACACAGGUGCUGAAUUUUGGACAGGGAGAUGAUUGGGAGGAGGAAGAUGUGAAUGGAGAGAGUGAGGACGUGCUGACUGAACUGAGGGAUGAAUAUCUGCCGCUGCGUAGAGAGUUCACUACAGCCAAAGUGGACCUUGUCAAGCAGUUACAAGAGCAGCUAGACCAAGCACAAGCUCGUAUCAGGAUGUUGGAGGCAGGGCUAGAGAACGGCGAUCAUUCAGUCCCCAGUAAUACCCAUCAGUCAAAGCAGUCACUACCAGAGUAUGCAGACAGCAGUUUGGAGGACGGGAGUGGACUGAUCCGGAAUCUUAGCCAUUCAUUAAAAAGCAGAGACCGAGUUAUUCAGGAAUGUGUGACUUUGAUCCGAAAGCUAUGUGUGGACCUUGGCUUAGGGUUAGAGGAGGCUGAUAAGCUCAUCAGCAAUGUAACUUUGACUCUGACUGAUGCCCACUCGGAGCGGGAGGAGGUCUUGGAAGCUGAGCUGAUUGAACUGAAGGAGAGGGAAAGAAGCCUACAGAAAGAGCUGGAGGCUCUGCAGGAGUCAGGCAGGGGGCAGGAGAGAGAUCUCCUCACUCUCAACAGCGUGCUGCAGAGUAACCAGGAUAUCAUCAAUGUAAUGCAAACACAGGGCUUAGGUCAAACAAGCACACACAGAGUCUUAGUGUUCAUGGUUGAAUGGUGA